UUUUUGUAGAUGCACCGUAACUAUAUGAAUGAGGUUUUAUUUUUCUCGUGGAGAAACUACUGAAUAGAAAUACACAUGUUGAAUCAAUCCCACUUCUGCCUACUAAUUGGUUUGGUAAUGGGCUUUACAAUUGCAUUCGUCGUGAUAGCCCCUAACACCCUAUACAGACCAAAGAAUGAGUAUUUUUCUUUCCAUCCACGAUCCGGCCAGAUAGAUGAUAGUCCAGAACAUCCAGGACCUCAUGGCCAUGACCACGAAAACUUCGAAUUUCACAACAAAGGCGGAUUGAAACACUUCAUUGGCCCAAACGAACAUGUCAGCACACAUAAUGACAAUGACACUUUCCAUAAAAUGACAAACUCUUUGGUAGCAGAUGAUCUUUUCAAGAAAGUCAGAGUUUUGUGCUGGGUGAUGACUGGACCCGAAAAUCACGAAAAAAAGGCCAAACAUGUGAAAGCCACAUGGGGAAAGAGAUGCAAUACAUUGCUGUUCAUGAGUUCUAAAGCAGAUGAGAGUUUACCAGUCGUAACUUUACCUGUAGAGGAAGGAAGAAAUAAUCUCUGGGGUAAAACUAAACACGCCUUCGAAUACAUUUAUAAUAAUCACUUCGAUGAUGCUGAUUGGUUCAUGAAAGCUGACGACGACACAUAUGUGAUAUUAGAAAAUCUGAGAUAUAUGUUAUAUCCAGUGGAUAAUCAAAUACCCAUAUAUUAUGGACUCAGAUUCAAGCCAUUUACCAAACAAGGAUACAUGAGUGGUGGAGCAGGAUACGUUCUGAGUAAAGAGGCACUUAGAAGAUUCAUUGUGAUACCUACACCUACAACCGAAUUCCUUAUAACUGAUACCGCGCGCAGGCAGUUGGAACUAACUGCCUCUCUAUACACCUAUCAAUCACCGACAAUAAGAAUAUGA